AAGUAGCCUGCUCGUCGUUGUUAGUCGUGUUGGACUAACAAUCACUGACAACUUCUGCCUCAAGUGGAGGCAGUUCUGGUUCAAGAAGCUUGUACCUUCUUCCUUGUUCACUCGUUUAUAUGAAUUCUUUCGAAUAUAAAAGCGCUCUCUUUCCUUGCGUCAACAUCGACUUGCCGCCUUUCGCAUCUCUACCAUCGUUGGUUUUCUCCUGUGCCCUGCCGCUGUGCUCACUCCGUCUUUUUAUCUCGCCGCUCCGUGUAUCUAUCUUCGCUCGAGUCCUAGCACUUCGUGAUAUGGUCAUUGUAAUGCCAUGCUCUGCACCCACAGGCCCACGUUCUCAAUAUGAGGUACCAUGCACGACGUUCAACAAAGUGUGUCCACGGACCCAAAACCCAGACGGCGUUGUAGUCCAUCCUCCAGCACACCUUCUCCACCCCCAAACCUAAACGAUCCCCUCAUGCUCGUCAGAAACCUCUCUUCCGAGCCACUGCAUGCC